AGGACCUCCGGGGCCAGGAGGGGGAGAGUUUUCUGUACUUCGCCUACGGUAGCAAUCUGCUGACCGAGCGGAUCCACCUCCGAAACCCGUCGGCCGCGUUCUGCUGCGUGGCCCGCCUGCAGUUGCAGGUGGGUGUCCUGAUUGGCUAACCCAUGGCCACGUGCCCAUGCCCUGACUGCAAGCAAAGCUGCGAGAACCAACUGCUGGCAUUUGAAGCCUCAAAAAUGGGAGUUGGGCUCUAACACUUUCUAUUACCCAGAUUCCUAAGGUAGGGAACUGCCCAAAUGUGGAAAAGAACUUCAGAUGCUUAUAGUUGGGACAAGUGGAAGAGCUAUCAAACAAGUGAUUAUUCAGUUACAGAUAUGGAUUAUAAGCUUGACUUUGGCAAUUCCCAAGGCAAAACAAGUGAAACUUGGCAUGGAGGUAUAGCCACUAUUUUUCAAAGUCCUGGCGAUGAAGUAUGGGGAGUAGUAUGGAAAAUGAACAAAAGCAAUUUGAGUUCUCUGGAUAAGCAAGAAGGGGUUAAAAGUGGAACAUAUGUCCCAAUAGAAGUUAAUGUUUAUACUCAAGAAGGAAAAGAAAUAACCUGUCGAAGUUAUCAGAUGAAAAAUUAUGAGAGUGCUCCCCCAUCCCCCCAGUAUAAAAAGGUCAUUUGCCUAGGUGCAAAAGAAAAUGGUUUGCCACUGGAGUAUCAAAAGAAGUUAAAUGCAAUAGAACCAAAUGACUACCAAGGAGAAGUCUCAGAAGAAAUUGAAGACAUUAUCAAAAAGGGAGAAACAAAAGUUCAAUAGAACAUAAUAGAUAUUUUAGAUAGAAAUCUAAAUUAUAAUAGAAAAUACAGAUAUUUCUGUAUGUGCUAAUAUAUUUUUAACAUUUAGAAAAGAGAUCUGAGGUAUCUCUAUGUUUAAUAUAUUUUCAACAGUGCUCUAAAGGGAUAUCUUACUUAGGUAAUUCCUUGUUUUCAGACGCAAAAAAGAAACUUGGUUAGAAAUUAGAUAAUUGAGGGGCGCCUGGGUGGCUCAGAUGGUUAAGCGUCUACCUUUGGCUCAGGUCAUGAUCCCGGGGUCCUGGGAUGGAGCCCCACAUCAGGCUCUCAGCUCAGCGGGCAUCCUGCUUCUCCCUCUGCCUGCCGCUCCACCUGCUUGUGCUCUCUUUCUCUCUGUGUCAAAUAAAUAAAUAAAAUCUUUAAAAAAAAAUUAGAUCAUUGAAAAGGAGGCCAUGAUGCACUGGAAUGCAUGACAAAUGGAUGUGGGUACUCCUUCCAUGAACACUUAAAGUUAUUUUCUGGAGUUGAGUGUAUUCUUGCUCUGUGACAGAGGAGAUAUUUGCAACUUAACGAUCGUGCCGGUGAAUCGCUCUGCUCUGGGAUUUUUUUAAAUCAGCUUAAUAAGAGCAAGCAAACUACAGAGACAGUUGAUAAUUUUUUUUUAAUUUAAAAAUGGCAUACUGUUCUUACAGAAAUAAAUGUAUUUGUGGU